AUGCCGUCCAUUUUAUACUCAACAACAUGUUAUAUUAAAGAUGAUUUCUAUCGUUUACGUAUAUAUGUUGAUGAUACCAAUGAUUGUUUCGGAAGCGAUUCAAAGGAAGAUAAUCAGUUCGAAAAUGAUUCUUUUGAAUUUGCACCUACUAACAUUCCAAUCGAUUAUGUAAAACCUUCAUUUGCUCGAUUGAAUUUUCAAUUAUUAAAUGAAAAAAAAACAAAUAAUAAUAUUCCAGAAACAAUUACUCUUAAUCAUUUACUCAAUGUUCAACAAACAACACCAUUAUCGAGAAAAUCUAAUAAAAAUCUUACUCAACGUGUACAAACUGCAUCGCUGGAAAGAUCAACAGAUAGAAAUACAAAUUCUAUAAAUACGCCAAUACUUGAACAGCCAGGAGACAUAACUCAAAUAACAUUAAAUUCGAAUAAUUCAGAAGUUCUUUUUACACAAAGACAAUUUAGUUUUCGAAGUUUUUUUUCUUCAUUAUCAAAUUCUAAUUGUGAAUUUACUUCAUUAUUUAAAACUUUAGUUAAAAUCAAAUAUGUUGACGCAUCGAAUUCAAUUCAAUGGAAAAUUAAAAGUUUAGAACUUGAAUUGGAUGCAGAAGAUGUUGCCUAUGAAUUAUAUUCAAAUCUUAAUUUAUGUCUAUCAAAAUUAAAACAAAGACCACAUCGUUUAUUAGCUUUUGUUAAUCCAUUAUCUGGAAAAGGUCGUGCACAAUCUGUGUAUCUCAAAAGAGUUUUACCAAUAUUUCAAGAAGCAAAUAUAACUGUUGAUACAAUUUAUACAGAACGUGCUAAUCAUGCACAAGAUUAUGUUAUCAAUGAAAUCAUCGAUGACUAUGAUGGUCUUAUAUGUGUCGGUGGUGAUGGAAUGUUCGCUGAAUUAUGUCAUGGACUUUUACUGCGAACAGCUCGUGAUGAGAAAAUAAAUAUUGAUAAUCCUCAAGUGGAUAUAAUUCGACCUAAUCGCAGAAUUGGCAUUAUACCAGCAGGUUCAACUGAUGCUGUCGUUUUUGGCACAACAGGUUCAAAUGAUCCUAUUACAAGUGCAUUACAAAUUAUUGUUGGAGAAUCACUUUUAAUUGACAUAACAACAGUUCAUAAUGAGAAUGGCUUUGUACGUUUUAUGGCAACUAUGCUUGCCUAUGGAUUUUUCGGUGAUAUAAUUCAUCAAUCAGAUAAUUGGCGUUGUCUAGGUCCAUUAAGAUAUGAUUUAGCUGGAUUUUGUCAAUUUCUACGGCAUACAUCGUAUCAUAGUGAAUUAACAAUAACAUUAUCAACAACUGAUCAACUUGAAAUAUGUGAUCCACAAGAAAUGAAAUCAACUAAAAAUGAGAAUGAGCCCCCUUCUAUUGUAUCUGAUUGUCAACAAUUAAUUAAUAAUAAUAAUUCAAAACUAUCAGAGAUGAAUCCGAUGAAUAAAUUAACGACGCCAAAUCUUGCAUUUUGUCGUCGCAAUUGUGACAGAUGUGCAGAACAAAACAAAAUCGAUACUCUUAAAAACAAUGUACCAUUACAAUUAAAACUUGAUGGAAGAUAUACAACUAUAAAUUGUCUUAAUAUGCCUUGUCGUUGUGCAAAAAGUAAAUAUGGAAUGUCGCCAUUUGUGCAUCUCGGUGAUGGAACAUUCGAUUUAAUUCUAGUUAAGCGUUCAUGGCGCACCAGUUUUCUUCGUUUCUUAUGGCAAGUUGCUAAUGAUGGUCGCUCAAUUGAAGAUUUACCGAAUGUUGAAAAAUAUCGCGUACGAGAAGUACUUAUACGUCCGAUCGUAAAGGAUGGAAAACAAGCUGGUAAUUGGGCUUGUGAUGGAGAAUUAAUAAAUGGGAAUGAAAUUCGAAUUCGUGCUCAUCGUCAAGCACUUAAUCUUUUUGCUUCCGGUAUACAAUUAAAAGAAAAACAAAUAAAUUUAAGUACUAGAAAUGAAACUAAAAAUUGUUUUCAUUGUUUACGAUUUAAAAAAGGCAAGAUUGCUCAAGAAUCAAAUUCUUAA